GGAUCCAGUUGACGCUACUGUACCAGCUAGAGCUAGAAAAAGCGUCUUAUGAAAAACGGCGGCGUAAGGCGUGACUCCUUUCAAAUAAGAGAAAUAAAAUAUAAAUUUAAUAUGCUAUUCUAAUUAUAUACCGUUAUUGUCUCGUUACGCAUAUUUGACAUUGUUAUAUUAUUACUACGUUCUGUCAGACAAUAAAAAGUACGCAAAUGUAUGAACAAGCCGCAAGUAGUUGGGCCAUUAGGCUGUACUCUCUGCGCGAUCCAACGAAUUUUCUGCCUUUCUUACCGAAUUUAUGGAAUAAGCAAGCUAUCGGCUCGCGUUAUCCGAACGACACGAAGGUACGGGACACCGAUGUGCUCGUGGGAUAUCUUAUUCUAUUCUGGGUGAUCCUGUAUUUUCUGUAUGAGAAGUGUCUUAAUUCGCUAUUCAGGCGUAUGCGUUUUCCAUUGGUACAACGAAGCAGAAUAAUUAAAGCGGCUUGGAACUGUGGAUUCUGUUUUGGUAGUGUAUGUUACAUGAAGUCAUCAGCUACGCAAAUCCUGAAUUUUGCACCCCAUGAGCUGGGAAUGACAUAUCAGGAAUUGGGGCUUGCAUUGCAUAAGAGCUUUUACUUUCAUCAAGCGGGUAUCGAUAUAUUGUGCUAUGGUGCUUGGAUGAAGGGCUGUGCAAACUUACUUUUUGCAUCUUUCAUCUUGAAUCCAUAUCAGCAAAAUUAUAGGUGGUGUACAGUUACAAGUACUUUUCUAAUAUACAAAACUAUUGACAUUGUAAUAGUUAAUGUUUGUCGCAUUCUAUUAUGCAUUUUUCAAACUAUUGGAAGACCUAUUUGCAAGCUGUUAUUUUUAUUCCACUGCCUGACUUGGAUAUAUUUGUAUUUGUAUUAUGUGCCUACAUAUAUGCUUUGGUCAGAAAAAGUUGAAUAUGCAAGAACAGAACCUGGUUUAUGGCUUUGGUUUGCAGCAGAGUGCUUAGAUUCGGUAUGGUUAAGACUUAUUGGACAUGCAAAAGCUACGCAUUGGCUCGAAAUUUGCCUAUUUCCACCACCGACGCAAGAAGCAAUUGAAUUAGCAGGCAUUCAUAAAAAGCAUAAAGAGUCUUUGAGGAAAUUUAAUAAUAAAAAAGCAAAGAAAGUUGAAUUAUGGCAAACCCUAGUUUGCGCGAUGGCGAUUAAAAAGAAAAUUAAAAGGAUUCGUCAAGCUAAAAACAAUAUAGACGAAUCGACAGAAGAUUCUAAAAAAAACAAAACUGCGUAAAACAAAUAUAUUAAAUGACGAGUUAACGAAGGAUUAGCGAAUUUGAACAAUUCUAAAAAACAGCUGCAGAAGUUUCACAUACGACACGAGCUUCUUUCAGAUGAAUUUAUUUACACAACGAAAGAAUAGUAAAUAUUAUGGUAUCUAAAACAUCGAGUUAUACGAACUUUUUUUAGAAUUAUAUGUAAAUUGUCUUAUGGCAUAUGCCUUUUUCAACAAUUGCUCCUUUCUAUUGAGAAGACAAUUAGGUAUAUGUUAUAUUUGUAUAUAAUUAUAAAUUAAUAGCAGAACAUAAAUAAAGCAAGUAAAUUGCAUCUUUUUUCCGAAACAAUGAAAAAGAAAAAAA